CUCUCUCUCUCUCUCUCUCUCUCUCAUGUCCUCGUCUCUCCUGCCCUGCGUUACCCUCCUCCGCGGCGCAUCUCACCGCCCCACUCUCCCCCCCUUCCCCACCUCCAUCCACCGCCGCCUCCGCCUCCGGCGCCGAACCACCGCGACCUCAUCCUCUCCUCCGCCGCCUCCGCCGCCGCAUCACGGUGGCCGGAGCACCCGCCGCGCCGCCUCCUCCGCACUCCUCCUCCUCCUCCUCGACGGCCCCGCGGCGCGUCCCCACCGCGCUGAUGCGGGGAAUCCGUUCGAUAAAUAUGUGAAGAGGAAAAAGCUGGAGCCUUUAGAGGCAUACAUCCCUGCUGUUCUUUUGACUCAAGCACAAUUCGAGGACUUAGAGAAAUAUCUGGAUCUGGAGCAGCCAAACUAUGAUGAAAGCAGAUCUUUACUUCGAUCUGGUCCAGCUGCGUCUCUACGAGUAAAUAUUCGAGCUGUGGCACAAUAUGCUACUGAUAGUGGGCAAGGAAAAGUCGCUUCAGAUGCCGUCGAUCAAUGCCUAAGAGCAUUAGAGGAUCUCGACUCACUACUGCUACAUGCAUUGAGGAAAGACCCAACUGCAUCAGUUGAAUCUAUGAAGAGCAAGAUCAGGCUCGCUGUGGGUGCUUUGGAUAGUCUCUUGCAAACUGUGCCAUCAACAAUUCUGGACAAAGGGAAGGCAAUAGCAGAUGCAUACAGGAUUCCAAGUGAUGGGAAUGAAGGCAAGUUGGAAGAUAUGAAUCCAGAGGUGAAACAAUUGGAAAGUCUUCUCUGACGACAGAUCUUAAGGCCUCUCAAUAAUGUUUCCGUCAAAAAUAGGGAAAAGUGAAAAGAUAAAAAGAAAUGUUGUGGUCUCCAGUAAUUAAAAUGAUGUAUUCGGACGUAUUAUGAUUCUUGCAAGAUUGGUGCAAAUUUCUGAAAAUGCCUAAUAA